UUGGAUGGUGGGUUAAUGAAAUGAAAAUGAAGGUGGUUGGUUGGUGGAUAGUAGUUAACAGCAUCAACAUGUGAUGCUGUGAAGAAAAUGCAUAGGCAACUCUAACGCACAAAAACCAAACCUGAGCUGCGGAUCCGAAGAGAAGAUCAGAAACCCUAUCUGCAUGAAGCUGAGAAGCUACAGAGAUCUCCACUAACGUCCUUUCAAGCUUCUCUCAUCAGUCAAACUCACGGCAAUCGUAUCUCAUCUUCCAUUCAUACGCAUCUCGUUUCUGUAUUUCUGUUCGUAUUUGCAGUGAUUCAACUUCUACAAGUGCGGAACUUGCCUGCGGAGAUCGAUCGAGCUUAUGCUUGGGAGAUUAGUUAGUUGUUGAAGGAUAUUAGGAAUGAGUGCGAGGAUGAGGAACUCGACGGCGGAGGCGGCGGCGGCGGCGUCUUCGUCGGAGGUGAUGAUGGAGAUAGAGGCGAGUAAGCCGCAAGGGAAUGGGAUGGUGGUUGGGGGGUUGAGUCCUCUCAGUGAGACGUUGUGGAAGGAGAAAACUAACACGGAGUUCAUGGGAGAUGUUUCCGCCAGGCUGGCAUGGAAGGAUUUAACGGUUAUGGUUACUCUCGGCAAUGGAGAAACUCAGAAUGUUCUGGAAGGUCUAGUCGGGUAUGCGGAGCCUGGAACCUUCACCGCCCUCAUGGGACCUUCCGGCUCCGGCAAAUCUACUCUCCUCGACGCCCUCUCCGGCCGCCUCGCCGCCAACGCUUUCCUCUCCGGCAGAAUCGUCCUCAACGGCCACAAAGCCAAGCUCUCCUUCGGAACUGCGGCAUAUGUUACGCAAGACGACAACCUGAUCGGAACUCUGACCGUCCGGGAAACGAUCUCCUACUCUGCUCAGCUGCGGCUGCCGGAUAGGAUGCCGAGGACGGAGAAGCGCGCGCUGGUGGAGAGCACUAUCAUAGAAAUGGGGCUUCAGGACUGCGCCGAUACGGUGAUUGGGAAUUGGCACUUGCGAGGAAUCAGCGGAGGAGAGAAGCGGAGAGUGAGCAUCGCCGUCGAGAUCUUGAUGCGGCCCAGAUUGCUCUUUCUCGAUGAACCUACCAGUGGCCUAGACAGUGCCUCAGCGUUCUUUGUUACCCAGACACUGAGGGGUCUGUCUAGAGAUGGAAGAACAGUAAUAGCUUCAAUUCACCAACCGAGCAGCGAAGUGUUUGAGCUGUUUGACAGAUUAUAUUUGCUUUCUGGGGGGAAAACUGUGUACUUUGGUCAGGCUUCAGAAGCAUACGAGUUCUUCGCGCAAGCAGGAUUUCCUUGCCCGGCUCUCAGAAACCCGUCAGAUCAUUUUCUGCGGUGUAUCAAUUCUGAUUUUGAUAAAGUGAAGGCUACCCUGAAAGGCUCAAUGAAACUCAGGUUUGAGACAAAAGAUGAUCCUCUUGAGAAGAUUACCACUGCUGAAGCUAUUAGGAGACUAGUGGAUUUUUACCAUACUUCUCAGUACUACCAAGAAGCAAGUGUAAAAGUGGAAGAAAUGUCCAAAGUUAAAGGAACUGUUCUUGAUUCGGGAGGGAGCCAAGCUAGUUUCUUGAUGCAGGCAUUCACCCUUACGAAACGUUCGUUUGUUAAUAUGUCAAGAGACUUUGGUUAUUACUGGUUGAGGCUUGUUAUCUACAUUGUGGUAACUAUCUGCAUCGGAACCAUCUAUCUCAAUGUGGGAACAGGUUACAGUUCCAUCCUGGCUAGGGGUGCAUGUGCAUCGUUUGUGUUUGGUUUUGUCACAUUCAUGUCGAUUGGAGGGUUCCCUUCGUUCGUGGAAGAUAUGAAGGUUUUUCAAAGAGAAAGGCUGAAUGGUCACUACGGCGUGGCUGCAUUUGUGAUCAGCAACACCUUCUCUGCCAUGCCAUUUCUGAUUCUGAUCACUUUUCUGUCUGGAACCGUGUGCUAUUUCAUGGUCCGCCUCCACCCAGGCUUCAUGCAUUAUCUAUUCUUUGUGCUGUGCCUAUACGCAAGCGUCACCGUGGUUGAGAGCCUCAUGAUGGCCAUAGCCAGUGUGGUUCCCAAUUUCCUGAUGGGCAUCAUCACAGGGGCAGGAAUUCAGGGGAUAUUUAUGCUAGUCUCGGGAUACUUCAGACUCCCUAAUGACAUCCCAAAGCCUUUCUGGCGUUACCCAAUGUCCUACAUCAGCUUCCACUUCUGGGCUUUACAGGGACAGUACCAGAAUGAUCUGAAGGGAUUAGUGUUCGACAACCAGUCACCAGAUCUGCCCAAAAUCCCUGGCGAGUUCAUCCUGGAGAACAUAUUUCAGAUCGACGUGAACAGAUCAAAAUGGGUGGAUCUCAGCGUUCUGUUCAGCAUGAUCAUCAUCUACCGCGUCAUAUUCUUCAUUGUAAUCAAGAUAAACGAGGAUGUGACGCCGUGGAUCCGAGGAUACAUAGCCAGGAGGAGAAUGCAGCAAAAGAAUGGGAACCAAACAACCACUGUUGCGCCGUUUGGUCUCACCCAGUCCCCUUCAUUGAGGUCCUACGUUCCCGCUCCUCCCAAGAAGUAGAUCACAACAAGAAUCAUCAAUCAUAGGUUAUAACCUCCCAAGCUUUUGCAUACUUGUAAUAUGUAACAAAUUAAAUACGAGAGAUGCUGUUUUCUCUACGUUAAUUAUUAUAUGCUUUCUUGCUCUAAAUACAUGGAAUUGGCUCUUUCUUAGGCCAAUUCAUUCAUUAUAUUCCUCACUCCUUAUUAAAUUAGUGAAACGAUUAUUUCUACUUUUGAAUUA